AAACGAAGACAGCCAAUCAGCGCGGCGACUUCCGCUCCGUUCUGACAUCAGUGCGGUCUCAGACAGCGCUGGAGUGGGCUCUGGUGGGCCUUGCUGUCGGCGGGCCGGGAUGCUGAAGGCCAAGAUCCUUUUCGUGGGGCCCUGCGAGAGUGGAAAAACCGUUUUGGCCAACUUCCUGACAGAAUCUUCUGACAUCACUGAAUACAACCCCACUCAAGGAGUGAGGAUCCUGGAGUUUGAGAACCCACACGUUACCAGCAACAACAAAGGCACCGCGUGCGAAUUUGAGCUAUGGGAUUGUGGCGGCGACCCAAAGUUCGAGUCUUGCUGGCCAGCCCUGAUGAAGGACUCUCACGGAGUGGUGAUCAUCUUCAACGCUGACAUCCCAAGCCACCUGAAGGAAAUCGAGAUGUGGUAUUCCUGUUUUGUUCAGCAGCAGUUCUUACAGGAUACUCAGUGUCUGUUAAUUGCACACCACAAACCAGGUUCUGGAAGUGAUAAAGGAAACCUGUCUUUAUCACCACCCUUGAACAAGCUGAAGCUGGUGCACUCGAAUCUUGAGGAUGACCCUGAAGAGAUCCGGAUGGAAUUCAUAAAGUAUUUGAAAAGCAUCAUCAACUCAGUGUCUGAGAGCAGAGACCGGGAGGAGAUGUCAAUCAUCACCUAACCAGCCUUCACGUGGACUCUUCCACAUCCGAGCGAGGCCGGCUUCUUUCCCCUGCAGAUCUGACAUCUUACCUGGCCACUGACACUUUCUUCUCCCUGCGGCUCUGUAAGAAAUGUUCCUCACCUGCCCGAAGGUACCAGUCACCCAAGGAGCUGAGUCAUUCCAUCUAUUCUCUGUCUUAACCUAGCCCUGUAUUUCCCCAGGAGCAAUGCUUUGGUAUUUACUAUUCCAGUGUUCGUGGUGACUUUAUAGAAUAUAAUGAGUCCACUGUAUCUCCAUCUCUUGCGAUUUAAAGGUUUUCAGGUUAGUUCAGUCUCUAAUAAAUAUUUAAUUUAUUCAAGAUUACAAUCCACUUCCUCUACGUUCUCCCUAAUGUGGUAUUAGAGUGUCUGCACAGUGCUUGUGCCCUUGUUGGGGUGGGGCAGCUGUACUAAGGGCAGGUCCUUGGGUUCCCUCCCUGACCUCUGUCAAGAUGUCAGUGGCCACCCUACUGGCCAUCUCUCACCAAGUGCGAGACUGGGUAAGGCGUGUAGCAUGGGCUCUCCCAUGGAACCAGCAGGCCCCAGGCUGAGCUGGCCUCAUGCCCCUGGGGCUGGCCCUGCACAUUUCUCAGAGCCACCUGCGUCCCCCACCCAUCCCUGCUUUCUUUGUAUGUGUAUGGCAGGGUCACUCUAUCUCUUGGCAUUGCUGGCCUGUCCAAUUCAUUCUCCAUGCUCAGCUUACUGUAAAUACAGGCUCAGAAAGAAAAAUAAAUUAUUUUUA